GAGAAAUCAAUCAGACCAGGCUCAUAACAAACUCAGCCAGCCGCAGCACCGAGCGAUGCCCUCAGUCGACCCCAGCACCGACGCCACUGAGGAGGGCCCGCACAUUCUCCUCGCGUUUCUUCAGUCUCAAUCCCAGAAUGCAUUGACGCGUCUCUAUCAAAAGCCUUCUUCAUGCCUCUCGCUGUUUCGACUGAUGAGGCCUUUAGAAAGGCAAUUGAUAAUGAAUCUGUUAUGGCUAGAGUCACCAAUACCCGUCUCAAUGAUGGCCUCCUGGAUCACUCGCGAAGGCCGAAAAGCCUACAACGAUGCGUUGGCGACUUUGGCUAGUCUGCAUGUGGUACCCAAAUCCACGAGCAAGCUCGCGCUUAAUCCCACUUUCAAGACAAGUCUUCGGCACGCCAUCACCGGGGGAGAUGUGAGCGGGAGCUUUGGUGCACCAGUAGGGUCCGACCGGCAGUAUCCAGCUCCAAGCGUCGAGGCACUUGAUGCAUACGCGCUUGAACGCUGGGAGACUAUUCUGCACUAUAUGGUGUCGUCUGGUACUGGCCAACACCCUACGAGGCCUUCGCAGGAAGUCUUGUUCCUUUUACAGCGCAGCGGUCUCAUGACAAACAUGCAUGGAGGAGCUCUACAGAUAACGUCGUCGGGGUUUCAAUUUCUUCUUCAUACGCCUCAUGCACAACUCUGGGAGCUGCUCCUGCAAUACCUUCACAUGGUAGAGGAGCGGCAAAUGGAUUUGGUUGAAGUUUCAAGCUUUUUGCUCAUGCUUUCGACGAUGGAGCUGGGUCGGGAGUAUUCGACGGAGAGUUUGAGUACUACUCAAUUGGCGAUGCUCGCGGACCUCCGAAAUUACGGUCUGAUAUGGCAGCGAAAUCCAUCCUCGAAUCAGUUUAGCCCGUCUCGCCUCGCGACAACAUUGACGUCGUGUGCCCCUCCAUUGCCUAUUUUGAAUAAGGCUGGAAUCGGGUCGCAGACGCAGGGAUUCAUCGUACUAGAAACCAACUACCGAUUAUAUGCAUAUACGGACAACCCGCUGCAGAUCGCAGUGCUUAAUUUGUUUGUUACCUUGAAAUCUCGAUUCCCGAAUCUCGUAAUCGGGGCGAUUACCCGCGAAAGUGUGAAGAAGGCCCUCGCGAACGGCAUAACCGCGGAACAGAUAAUUAGCUAUUUGACGACCCACGCACACCCUCAGAUGCGCAAAAAUAACCCCCUUCUACCGGUGACUGUACAAGAUCAAAUCAGACUCUGGGAACUAGAGAAGAACAGGUUGAAGUCCGAAGAAGGAUAUUUAUACACGGCAUUUGCUUCCCAGGCUGACUACGAGUACGUUCUAAACUACGCCAAGCAGUUGGACGUUGUGUUAUGGGAAAACCCGUCUCGUCGCUGUUUCUUCGGCAGUUUAGAUGGGCACGCUAACAUACGAGGAUUCAUCGAGAGGAGAACCGCCGGCAAUGUCUAG